CUCACAUUAAGAGGGUCUCUUACAAGACCUAUAUAUUGAUUUUUGUGAGGUCUAUUGAGAAAUCAAAGGGACGUAAUAUAGCCUAAUUGCCUAAUAGGGAUGUAAUGGAUGAAUAAGGGUAGUACCCAGAAUUUCCGAUAUUAGUAAUUGGGUAUGUAAUAUGUAUGGCCACUUCAAACAGGAAAAGGAUUUAGCUUUUUGUUGUAGGCGCUGUCAUCCUCGUGGUUAUGCUGGAAAUUUCACUCUUUCUCUAGUUUUCUUGUUCUCUCUCUGUUCUUCACUAUCUUUACUCAGUCCCAUCUCUUUCUGUAAUCUUAAUAUCCCUUUAAUCUCUAGAAGCUAAAGCUGCAUAAAGUAUCAAAAACAACUAUAAUAAGCUUAUUUAAGAAUAAUAGAAUGAUUCGACUUCUCUGCUGGGUUUUGAUCUCUGCCUGCCCUUGUUAUCCUUAGCUGUGAAGAUUCUGGACGUGAAUUACCCCAUCGUUUUCAACUUUUAAAAUUUUGCGGAGCUGACAAUGGCCUCUGAGCUUGUGAAUGUUGCAACAAGUGACAAGCUAGCUGAGGUUGACUGGGCCAAAAACAUUGAGAUUUGUGAAUUAGUUGCUCAUGAUCAGAGGCAAGCAAAGGAUGUUAUUAAAGCAAUCAAAAGGCGAUUGGUUAGUAAAAGUCCAACUGGUCAACUAUAUGCAGUAACGCUAUUAGAGAUGUUGAUGAACAAUAUUGGCGAGGCUGUCCAUAAGCAGGUGAUUGAAGCGGGUCUUCUCCCAGUUCUUGUCAAAAUUGUGAAGAAAAAGUCCGAUUUACCAGUACGCAAAAAAAUAUUUCUUCUUCUAGAUGCCACGCAGACAUCUCUCGGUGGAGCAUCUGGAAAGUUUCCUCAAUACUAUAAUGCUUACUAUGAACUGGUGAGUGCGGGAGUAAAGUUUUCUCAAAGGUCUCAUCAAGUCUCAGUUGUUCAGGGUUCGUCUAGUGCAAACCAUAGCAAUUUAACUGUUGCAAGAAUCACCUCAGCCAGUGAAAGGGCCCCAAAAAUGGAAGAUCAGCCUGCUCCUGGGUCCAGUAUAAUUGAAAAGGCCAAUGCUGCAUUUGAAGUUCUAAGAGAAGUUCUGGAUGCAGUCAAUUCUCAAAAUCCUGAGGCAGCAAAGGAUGAAUUUACUCUCGAUCUUGUGGAGCAGUGCUCCUUUCAAAAAGAUCGAGUAAUGCAUCUUGUGAUGAGUUCCAGGGACGAGAAAUUGGUUUCUCAAGCGAUCGAGUUAAACGAGCAGCUUGGCAGGGUUUUAGCUAAGCAUGCAGCUCUCGUUUCAGAUGUCCCUGCAUCAACAGUUAAUUCUUUUGAGCGGCCUAGUCCAAUAUUGAACACCAAUAAUCACAUCAUUAAUGCCACUUGGGCAUCAAAGCCUAAUAAUCAUGCGGGUAGUUGGGCAACAAGCCCUAAUAAACGUCCUGAUCGACCUACAUCAUCCCCGAAUCAUAUCAAUCACACCAACCUUGAAGAAACCGAUGAAGAAGAGGAGGCAGCACAGCUUUCUCAUAGGAUUCGGAAAGGAAAAGCUCAAGUGAAGCCCGAAAACGAAGAAAUUACAGAAGAGAGACCAUUCGGGUUGCUUGGCGCUUCUCUUCCAAGAGAAACAUCGCACCGUCCACUUAUAAGGCCUAUAAUUCCCGAAUCACCAUCUAAUGAAACAAAGGUGUCACCUCCUACUACUUUAAUACCACCCCCACCCGCAAAACACGUUGAACGGGAAAAAUUCUUCCAGGAGAAGCGGGGAGAUGGUUCUUUGUCGGGCCACAUGAGGGGACUUUCUAUACACAGCCGCAAUGCCAGCACUAGCUCUUAUAACGGGAGCAUAAGUUCUAACGAGUAAUAGGCGGUUGUUACAUGGCUUUAAGUGUUCGAUGUUGAUUUCAUACCGAAUGGAAGCAAAGCAAUCUUAAUCGUAGCAAUCUUGAUUUAGAUCGAGCAUCUGGUAAUGUGUUGUUUGGCUUUGAAGACAUUGUUGCCUCUUUAAGGAUGAAUUUGUAAAUGAGUGUUACAGUAUGGCAUUAUGUAUACAGUAUACUACAUCUGAAAUACAGUAGUAGUAAUAUUUAUUUAUUCAUACAUUUCCGGUUUAUGCUAUGAAUUUCUAAUAGUUCUUGUUGAUCGACGGCUCAAAUGUCCCCGUCUUUUUUUCGAAUCAUACAUUCUUUU